AAUGUUAUAUAUAAAUACAUAGUAAAUAAUAUUAAAUUUUAUUUUAUUUUUAGAUAAAGCCAACAAUAUUUGCUGGGUGUGAACAGAAGGGGGCGCUGAGGGAUGCUCAGAAUCUUAUGCUGAGCCAAGGGCAGACUGAAAGUGCAUCCUUGGCGUAUGGCGUCCUGGAGAGGGCAGAUGGUUCUUGCUGGUCCAGCGCCUGUGUAGCCUUGUCCCUAAGAGCUCUCCUAGUUCUUCCACAAGGUCUGGGGUCGCCUGUCCCAUUGCUUCCUCCGGAAAAGUGAGGCCAGUAGUUCUGUAGAUCUGUUCUCCUGUUCCAGUCACAGUCCCUCCUUUGACUUCGUAUUUAUGGUUUCAGAUUGCAGUACUGAGAAGUUUUAUCCCGAGGAACACAUUUAUGACGGUUUGGAGUCACAGGCAGCAAUACCUGACCAUUGCGCUGGCGAUGUUUCUCGGUCUCCACACUGUGGAGGGCCCUGUGAUGAGAUACUAGGAAGAAACUGGAAUGUCUCUGAAGGUGAGAGCCUGGGACAGCCCCUCUACUGGAAGGAUGACGUCACACCAGUGACCAUGUUCCUUAAGGGCCCCUUAGGGGAGAAGGGUCUGAUUUGUAAUGGUUUUGACAAAAACUUCUGUUUGAGCCCAAGUCCAUUAGUGUGUCAGGGAGUCUCUACAGAAGAGAGGCCACAUCUUUACUACACUCCAGAGAACUUUGAGCGCAGUAGAGACCUAACUGGCCAGGAGGGGCUUCCUACACUUGAAAGCCCAUUCAUAUGUGCUGGGUGUGGGAGAACAUUCAGAGGAAGUCUUGACCUUGUUCAGCACCAGAGAGCCGACUUUGGAGAGAAGUCUCUUAUGUGUUCAGAAUGUGGAAAAUCCACUAGCCAGGACCCGAGCCUUAAAGAACACCAACAGUCUCACAUGAUUGAGAAGCCUUAUGAAUGCAACGAGUGUGGAAAGGCUUUCAGGCGGAGCUCGAACCUCGUCCAACAUCAAAGAAUCCAUUCUGAAGAAAAACCAUAUGUCUGCAACCCGUGUGGGAAAGGCUUCAGGCGGAGCUCAAACCUCAUUAAACACCACAGGAUUCACACGGGUGAGAAGCCUUUCGAGUGCAGAGAGUGUGGCAAAGCCUUCAGCCAGAGCGCACACCUCGGGAAGCAUCAGAGGGUUCACACCGGAGAGAAACCUUACCAGUGCAGUGAGUGUGGCAGGCCAUUCAGUCGGGCCUCCAACCUCAUCAAGCACCACAGGGUUCACACCGGAGAGAAACCUUACCAGUGCGGUGACUGUGGGAAGGCAUUUAGCCAGAGUUCUAGCCUGAUUCAGCACCGGAGAAUUCACACUGGAGAGAAGCCCCACGUGUGCAGCGUGUGUGGGAAAGCCUUCAGUUACAGUUCCGUGCUCAGGAAGCACCAAAUAAUUCACACAGGGGAGAAGCCGUACGGGUGCAGUGUCUGUGGGAAGGCCUUCGGCCACAGCUCAGCCCUCAUCCAGCAUCAAGGUGUGCACACUGGAGACAAGCCCUAUGAGUGCCACGAGUGUGGGAAGACCUUCAGCCGAAGUUCCAACCUCAUCCUCCACCAUCGCGUCCACACUGGAGAAAAACCUUAUGAGUGUACGGAAUGCGGAAAAACCUUCAGCCAGAGCUCCACCCUCAUUCAGCACCGGAGGAUUCACAAUGGGUUAAAACCUCACGAGUGUAGCCAGUGUGGCAAAGCCUUCAACCGAAGCUCCAAUCUUCUCCACCACCAGAAAGUUCACACCGGGGAGAGGCCCUACACGUGUGCCGAGUGUGGCAAGGCCUUCAGCCAGAGCUCACACCUCCUUCAGCAUCAGAUAAUCCACACUGGAGAGAGGCCCUACCAGUGCAGCGAGUGUGGCAAGGCCUUCAGUCAGCGGUCCGUCCUCACCCAGCACCAAAGGAUCCACACUGGAGUGAAGCCCUAUGGCUGCUCUGCCUGUGGGAAGACGUUCAGCCAGCGGUCAAAGUGGGCUAAACACCAGUUAAUCCAUGCAGCGGAGUAGCCUGGAGGCUGGGAGGGGUACAGCCGAGCCAUGGUUCCUCCCCGAUUCUUCGUGGUUCAGCCUCCCCUUCCUAGACCUGAAGCCAGGCUGACUGCGUUUUAUGCCCAGCUGCCACAAAACCCGGAGCCCCCCUUUGUAACGUCCUGCAAGGCUCUCUUUGGCUGUUCCUUCCGACUCCUGUGACCGCUCAUCUGCAUUGUGUUGUUUUUGUGGUUUGAAAGCAGGCUCAUGUUGGUUAGAAGGAAAAGAUGACAAGACUUUCGUGUUCGCAGUUUAUUAUUGUAAUCAAAAGGAACAAAAAUAGGUAAUGUGACCGUUGGCUGGAAAGCACCUCGGCAAUCCUCCGUUUAGCAUUUAGUCCUAGGGAGUGAGUUCUGAUUUAGUGUUUAUUACUGAUACUUUGUUUACAUAAGACCAAUGCGAGGAUUUUUCACCAAUUGCCAUCCUCUCUGGAGGUAUAUCUCCACUUCCUUUCCCCUCCCAUCCUGUAUCCACUAAAAUUCACCCUGGUGGUGAGUUGCUGGGCUCACUUACAGAGCACAGGUGAGGGGUUGCUGGAAGAGCGUGGGUGACCCUAGAGCGACUGUCACACUAGAAAGUCUUCACCAGCAGAGAGGAUGGCUUCUCUACAGCUGCAUAGAUAGGUUUUCUGUAACGAUAAUAGGUUUCUCCACCAACACAGUAAGCCAGAUCAAGCUGAAUUGAAAACGUAAAAGAACAGGUUUAUUUGAGCAAAGUAACUCCCGGGUGAGUUCUCCAGCCCCCAGAGACUGAGGCAGGAGAAGUCAUGUGCCUGAACUAAGACAGGAGCUUAUAUGCCCUGUAGACAAGGGGGUGAUGAUGUGUCCACCACAAGCUCCGUUUGUGCCCAAGUAUGGUCAAAAGCUGAGCACUUUAGA